UUUUUAACGAAUAUUGACCCAAAAUGAAGAAGAAACAAUUUUAUUUAAACCAAGAAGACUAAUGGUUGUCCAAACCAUGAUCCAAACGGACAAAAAUAGGUACAAUCAUCCUUUCAAUCAAGACUUUUUUUCUCAUUGUGUGCCAUUGCGUUCCAAUUUUCAUCGGUAGCAUGAAAACUUCAACCGUCGCGACCACCAAAUAGGUGGAAUAGGUGGGUUGGCUCUCCCCCCCACUAUACAUAGAAUGGUUUAGUUUUGGGUGAAAAAUAACAAAACAAAGUGGUUGUGCCAAGUGAUGAGAAAAAAGAACCUCCCAGCGACUAUGUCGUCGUGACUAUGUGUGUGUGAAAAGGGGGGAAAGGUAAGCCCAAUUGAUGCUACCUGUCGCAGCAGCAGCAGCAGAAGAAGAGUAGUCAGAAGAAGCGGGAGGAGAGAGGUUAAUGGGGAGAGCGCGCGCGAAAAAAAUCGCAUUCAUUCAGAAAUCGGUAUGGCCUUUAGUUGGAGCGUGGGUGGCAUCCAGGUAUGGUGAACGAAAAAAGAGGCUCUCUGGGCUUGGUGGAGCAGACUGCCAGCGUCAGUACGCUAGAAUCGGUCUAAUUGAUUGAAAGUGAAAUUCGAUGCUGAUGACAAAAUUAGACGAGAAAUUGGAUUAGGUGUGUUGUGAACAGCAGUGUGAUUUUGUAAAAACAAGUGAAAAUUGGUCGAAAAUAUAUCCAAGUGAUCUCAUCGUUCACUGCGAAGAACAUCACGAAAGGUGACGACUCGAGCAAAUUGUGUGUGUCAAGUGCUAAGUAAUUGAAAGAUGGUGAUAAGCAUCCCGUGAUUGAUUGCAGGAGCUUGUUGCGAUAUUCAAUUGGCAGUAACAAGUCGCGGAACGUUUGUUUAACAUCGUAGAACUUCAGAAGCUGUAGCAAUGAGCAAACAAAUGGCAAAGGACCAGAAGCGGCCCAUCUAUGAGGACAUCAAGAUCGACACGGCGUUCCGCAAGAUCAGCCCCAAGGCGAUCGGGUUCCACGUGUGGCGGAUACAGAACGACCACGUGGAGGCGCUGCCCAAGGAGCAGUUCGGGACGUUCUACGACGAGAACACGUACGUAAUCUACUCGGCGUCGCUGGCGGGGACGAUCUCCGAUAAGAACACCAUUUGUCGUGAAAUUAAAACUCCGAUGGGCGUAAUCGAGCGGUAUAUCCACUUCUGGCUGGGAGCAAAUAUCACGUCCGAUCGGUCAAAAUCUGCGGCGUACAAAAUCAUAGAGUUGGAUCUUCAUCUGGAUCACAAGACCACACAGUAUCGCGAGAGCCAGGGACAUGAGGGGAUUCGAUUCUUGUCUUACUUCAAGGAAGAUGGUAUUCUCAUUCAAUCCGGCACGGACCCCUCAUCCUACCCACAGUUCCCGCGACUGUACCAAAUCAAGGGCAAGACAACCCCGCAGUGCAUCCAACAGAAAGCGAUCACCUGGCAGCACUUCAACUGUGGCCACGUAAUGAUCCUCCAGACUCCGACGAUCCUCUUUGUAUGGGUUGGUCGAACGACCAGUUCGUGCGAGCGACUUUUCGGGCUCAAGAUCGGAACCAAGCUGAAAGAUUCCUUCAAAAUCCCCGAAAUGGCCGUCGUCGACGAUGGCUACGAACAGUCGAUGAGCGCCGACCGGAAGGAAGUGUGGAACGGCUUUCUCAGCUUGUCGCAGCGCUUCGUCCAGCCGAUGGCGCUGACCCCGUCCAACGCCGACAUCGUCCUCAAGCUGUACCAGUGUGACACCGUCAACGGGGUGUUCCGCGUAGAGCUGGUCAAGACGGGAGCGCUGGAGCAAGCAGACCUGUACGGGCGGGACAGCAUCUACAUCAUUGACUACCUGUGCAACGGAGUGUGGAUCUGGAUCGGACGUAGCUCACACAAGCAGAACCGAGCCGAAGCCAUGCGUCACGUGCGAGGUUAUGUGAUCAAGAAAGGAUAUCCGGCGUCAACUCCGGUUGCCCGCGUCAUCGACGGACUCGAACCGGCCGAGUUCACCAGUCUCUUUCCCAGCUGGAUCAGCUCGGAUGUCAACGGAAACUCCAUCAAGGGAAUGUCGGAGAAGUUCGAUGCGCUCACGCUGAUUCAGCGUCCCAAACUCGCGGCUCAGAUCCAGCUUAUGGACGACGGUACCGGAGAUGCUACUGUGUACCAGAUUGGUGCCGAGGACGUCAGCGAAAUACCCAAGAAGCACGCCAAGACGUUCUACUCGGGCAAUUGCUACAUUGUCCACUACCAGAUAUCGUGCACCUCUGAGAACAACAUCAGCUCGCUGUCCAACUCUAUCAAGAAUGUGAUCUAUCUGUGGGUGGGCUCCAACGCGUCCAUGGAGUUCCGCCAAACUGGAGAAGCCUUCCUAGCAGAGAUGUGCAGCCAUCUGAAGAAACAGGUCGUUCAAGUACGCAUCAGCGAAGGCAUGGAACCACCCCACUUCUUGCAGAUCUUCAAAGGAGGCUUGAUCAUCUUCAACGCCAAAGGUUCCGGCGGCGAAGGCAUCAUGAACAUUCGCAAAUAUCCGAGCAGCUUCGUGCUGAAGGUCGUCGGAAACUCCACUUAUUCUUGCAAAGCCGUUCAAGUGUCCAGCAAGACGCUCUACUACCCGGAGGAUUGCUACAUCCUGAAAGCCCCAGACAAUGAAAUCUGGAUAUGGUGCGGCCAGUACUCAACCGGAGACUCACGAGAAAUGGCCAAAUCGAUCGCAUCCAUCCUGGGUGAGUACAACCUCGUCAUGGAGUCCAAUGAAACCGACGAAUUCUUCAACUCGGUCGGUGAAAAAUUCUUGAAGCAGCUGAAAAAGACGCACGGCAGUAUCGUAACUCCCACGAUGAACGUCGCCCAGACCUGGGAGAAGCAACGGAUCGGCCUGUACAUGUGCUCGCUGGAGCAGGAAAAGUUUGUGCUGAGCAAGAUCUUCGGCUUCACCCAGAAGGAUCUGCGGCCGGAGAACAUGUUCCUGCUGGACGCGGGAAACAUCGUGUACGUUUGGGUCGGCGAGUUUGUCGGGACGGACGACCGAUCGCAGUGCUGGGAGCUGGCCAAGUAUCUGAUCAACACCCAUCCGGUCCAGCGGGACAUCAACAUGCCGAUCGCGGUGGUGCGUCAGGGCGAGGAACCGAUCACGUUCAUCGGGUUCUUCGACAACUGGGACAAGAAGUAUUAUGAGAACUACAUCCCGUUCGACAAGAUCCGCGCCGAGCUGGAAUCGCCCGGCGGAACGACGCCCGUCCCCGUGCCACGGGGUUCCGUGCACAGUGACAGCGCCACCGGCGAAGACUUUGAUCGCUACCAAAAGUACCCGCUGGACAUGCUGCGCGGAGGGGACGCCACCAACCUACCGGCUAGCAUCAACCCGACGCGCAAGGAGGUGCACCUGACACACGACGACUUUGUGACCGUGUUCAAGAUGGCGUUCCACGAUUUCGAAGAACUGCCCAAGUGGAAGCAGGUCGAGCUGAAGAAGCAAAAUAAACUGUUUUAACACCGCGGUUCUCACACACUCUACACACUACGCGACGCUGCCUUAUUUGUAAAAUGGAAGGAUAUUUUAAACUGUAAUAAAACUUUACACUGUUUUAA